CCGGCAUUUAAGUCUGAUUCAUGGCAGCGUUUUUGUCAGUUGUCAGCCGGCUUCGGGACUGUUCAGUUGCAGCUGCAACGUGGUAUCGAGGCACUGUCGGCCAGUUAGUGUUUCAGCGCUACCGCACCCUCGGUUGCUAAUUUUACCAUUUAAACUAUUCGCACAUAUUUCCUUUGCAACGCUUCAGCAACCCAGCUAGGAUGUCGACCUUUCUUCAGUUUAUAGUCGCCGGUUUGGUUUUGGGAUGCGUGGGAUUUGUGCAAGCCGGCAUUGAUCUGGGCUCCCGCGGCAUGGUCUGCAAUCCACCGCUGAAAUUCUCCGGGAAGGAAAACCAGAAAGCCUGCUUCGCCAAGUGCGAGAAGAACCGCAAUUGUCUGGCCGCCGUUUUCGACAGCGACGUGAAGAAAGACACCUGUGCGAUCGUGGAGAAGGGCGCCAAAUGCGGACCCAGCAUCGACAAUUACUCGUUUAAAUCCAACCAUCAUCAACUGUACGCUAACAUCCCCACACCCAAAUACACCAUGGUCGAGGAUCUGACCGUGGAGGGCUCCGAUGUGGCCGAGAUCAAAUCCGGAGAGGAGCGGAGCUUUACGGCGUACGGCGGCGCCAUCGGGGUCAAUGAGGAGGAGUGCGGGAUGCUGUGCGCGCUGUACAGCGGCUGCAAUGGGUACACCAUCGGGGCAGACGGGGUCAGCCACAUGGGCGGCAACUGCCGGCUGAAGAGCUUCACCAAGCCGGUGGUCAACGGGAAGGACGGGAAAUGCUUGAAGAAUAAGGAGGGCCGCGGUGGCCGACCGUCGGGUCGAACCUACUUUGCCAAACCGGAGCACGUGCCCAAGCAAAAAUGCUGAUUAGUCUUAUUAAUCUUACUGAGCAAACUUCUACGUAUUUCGUUAAAAGCAGAUUACGUGGCCAAAAAAAUAACUUCGGUUUUGUCCAGAAUUAACUGAAUGCGGCAGCGAGCAGAGAAGUUGCAGAAGUGAUAACCGUCAAUUGAACGGAGAAGCCACUCCUCACAGAUUACUAAUCUGUGAAGAGUGGCUUCUUUCGACUCGCACAGGAGUGAGUUAGCUGCUCAUUGCCUAUUUCAACUGCAUAGAGCCUGCCGCAAAAAAACCGUAAUACUCGUUGCUCCUUGCAGUAUAAAACGGUGUUAUUGGUAGUACAAUUGUGGCUAUAUGGCUGUCCUGGUUGAUAGGCAAUAGCGGAAGAUGGCAUUAACCAACCGUGCUCGCAAUAAAGCAGCAGCUAUUAGCAA